AUGACGUAUCUCACUGUAGGGAAGAGGUUACUAUGGAAGAUGGAAAGACUUCACCGCUGUAUUAGCAUGACGAAAGUGGAAAGAUGGCUUGGAAAUAAACUGAGGCAUUGCUGCAAGAAAGAGAUGGAGAAGACAAACAUGCAUCACCCUGGGCUCACUGGGCUGCAGAAUCUGAGUAACACCUGCUACAUGAACGCGGUUCUGCAGUGCCUCAGCAGUCUGCCACCCUUCAUGGAGCUCUUCCUCUCAGGGAAGGGCAGCACAGCUCUACAAAAGGGGAAUGAUGAGUUUGCAACAGUCUUUGGCCACUUGAUGUCUGAGAUGCGACUUGGAAAGCGUGACAUGAUUUCCCCGGAGGCUUUUCACUCGGUCUUUGUGAGGCGACACCCAAGUUUUUGCACGAGUACUCAGCAUGAUGCACAGGAGUUUCUGAUCUGUGUGCUGGAUGAGCUCCACAAGGAUUUCAAGGAGUCAAGCCAAAGAAGAAACAAAACGGGUGCAGAAGCAAGAGGGAAUGUCAGUGACACAUCUAUUAUAACAGACUUAUUUGAGGGACAGCUCAGUUACAAUAUCACAUGUCUGAGAUGCAAGACCACCACUGCCAGACCUGAGAGCUUCACCGUCCUUUCCCUGCCCAUCCCUUCUAGGACAAAGUGUUCUCUGCAGGACUGUCUCAAAUGCUUCUUUAGGCAAGACACACUGACUCAGAACAACCAAAUCUACUGUAGCUGGUGUGGAACAAACCAAGAUGCUACAGUAAAGGCCAUCGUAACCACAACACCAGAGAUCAUUAUUUUCCACCUAAAGAGGUUUGCCUGGCAAGACUGGGGCAGAAAAAAACUCUCAACCACUGUCUGCUAUCCACUCAGCAAUCUGGAUCUCUCUCCGUACAGCAACAUGUCUUCCUCCAGCAACGCACAGUACAGCUUGCGUGCUGUAGUGAAUCAUGCUGGGCGUCUGGACUAUGGCCACUACACAGCACUGUGCAAACACUCAGACCACUGGCACCGCUUUGAUGAUACAGAAGUCACCAGGAUCCCAGAUUCCUCAGUACAGACUGACACAGCUUACCUCCUCUUCUACACUUGUCAAGGCCACUGA